AUGGAAGACCAGGGACGGUUUUACCAGUUUGAAGUUGCUGAUGGACAUGGCAAACAAUACAAUUUAAAUACUUUGCGGAAUAAAGUUGUAGUAAUUGUUAAUGUUGCAAGCUUAUGUGGAUUCACCCCUCAGUAUAAAGAGUUACAGGAGCUUUAUGAGAAAUAUAAAGACAACGGGUUAGUAAUAUUAGGGUUUCCUUGUAAUCAGUUUGGCAACCAAGAGCCCUUGGAAGUUAAAAAUAUUGUGAAAUUCACCAAGGAUAAGUUCGGAGUAACAUUUCCAAUAAUGAAAAAAGUCCGUGUAAAUGGGGAGAAUACUGAAGCGUUGUAUGACUAUUUGAAAACACAACAGCCCGGGCCGCUUGGUUUUAAAGGAAUUAGAUGGAAUUUCGAAAAAUUCAUCGUCAACAAAGAUGGAAAAGUUGUGAAGCGAUUUGAAUCGAAGACGACGCCAUCACAAUUUGAAGCACUUUUAAGAGAAUUACUUUUUGAUUGA